UUUGCGUCGUAAACCCGAGACCAAACCAUUUCUUCCCAAGAACAAACCGGGAAAACAACCCAACUCUAUUACAAAACCCGACCCAGAAGUAGUUUUCUCAAAAUCCCCAAAAUUCGUUUUCUAAGAACCCUAAAUUCUCAAAAUCCCCAAAUUUUGAUUUUAAAAACCAAAUCGAGUUUCAAGAUGAGCAAUGUAUCAACCAAUUCGACAGGAUCUUCAAGUGUUCGUGGAAGAGGAAGAGUUGUCGGUGUGCCAAAGAGAUGUUGGUGUGGGGAAGCAAUCGUGGCACUAACAUCCAAAUCUGAUCCCAAUCCUUACCGGAGAUACUUUCGGUGUGGUUUUGCUGCAGCAAAUAGGCUAAGGAACGAUGAACACACAUUCAAAUGGGUUGAUGAAGCUUUGGUCAACGAGAUAGAGACAUUGACAUCAAAGAAUGCUGGACUUGAGCAGCAGCUAAAAGAGCUUAGAACAGAGAGUUUGGAGUUUGAAAAGAUGGUUUGCGAGAAGGUUCUAAUGAAGAUGGAGAACGAGUUACUUGAGAAGGUUGAAGAUGCUUUGGCUGAAUCCAAUGCAAGAAAUAAGAAGAUUCUGAUUGUUGUACUGAUAGGGUGUAUGAUCAUGAUUGGAUGCAGCAAACUACUAGGUUAACUUAGAGAAUGAUGUUCUUGGUGUGUUAAUGAUGUUUCUUGGUUUGAUUUUGUACUUUUGAUUUAUGCUUAAGACCAAAUCUGUGGUAUAAUGUAUGAUGUUUGUGUUAAUGUAUCAUGUUUCUCUUUUCUCUUUGAUUCAAGACACAAAACAAGUGAAGCUAACGUUUCCAUAAAUCAAGCAUAAGUCAAGUUACAACCAAAUAAAGCCGAACAAAACACAAGUUCACAUACCUAAAAA